AUGCCAGCCCUGAACUGGAAACCGUUCAUCUACGGGGUGGCCUCCAUCGUUGCCGAGUUCGGCACCUUCCCCAUUGAUCUGACCAAAACCCGGCUGCAGGUACAGGGCCCGUCACACUGCAUGGAGGUGCGCUACCGGGGCAUGUUCCACGCGCUGCGCCGGAUCGGACAGGAAGAGGGCAUACGGGCGCUCUACUCGGGGAUUUCCCCAGCCCUCCUGCGCCAAGCCUCCUACGGGACGAUUAAGAUUGGCACCUACAACACAUUAAAGAAGCUGUUUGUGAGUCGCCCUGAAGACGAGACCAUAGUCAUUAACGUGUUCUGUGGAGUGGUCUCAGGAGUCCUGUCCUCGUCAUUGGCCAACCCCACAGAUGUGCUGAAGAUUCGCAUGCAAGCGCAAGGCGCCCUGAUGCAGGGCAGCAUGAUGGCCAACUUCAUGAACAUCUACCAGACAGAGGGCACCCGUGGCCUGUGGAGGGGUGUAAUACCUACAGCACAGCGAGCGGCCAUUGUUGUUGGGGUGGAGUUACCUGUAUAUGACAUCACGAAGAAGCACCUCAUUGGUUCAGGAGUGAUGGAUGACAGCAUCCUCACACAUUUUGUCUCCAGUUUCACCUGUGGCCUGGCGGGGGCGCUGGCCUCCAACCCAGUGGACGUGGUGAGGACUCGGAUGAUGAACCAGCGGGUGUUGUCGGGCAACCCGCUCUACAAAGGCACGCUGGACGGUGUCAGGCAGACCUGGAGAGGCGAGGGCUUCUUUGCACUCUACAAGGGCUUCUGGCCCAACUGGCUUCGUUUGGGCCCCUGGAACAUUAUUUUCUUCAUCACAUAUGAGCAGCUGAAGAAGCUUCCUUUAUAGCCGGGCCAGCAGGACGGCCCUUGUUGGACUGGGAUCUGAACCGUCUCCCUGAAUGUCUUUGCACAUUCACCAUCACUCUUUGAUCACGCGUGUGUGUAUGUGUGCAUGUGUGCUCCACAAAUUAGUUACGUUUUAUUUGAAUGUUUUUUGUGC